ACAGUAGCUUAACAUGACAACAGUAGUUAUGCGCACGAUGACGCAAGAUGACUCGAACCCGACACCUUCGUACAACGAGCAACAUCAAUGCUGGAACGUGGCGGAUUCACAAUUCGGUGAAGUUUUCAAUGAAAGACCGCGCUUUGAAUGCUUUGCAACCGAAAACCCACACAUGGUAGCAGGGCCUAACUUACAACAUUGGGAGGGUAGCGGGGGUUCUUAUUACGACCAAGACUCUCCGGGGUCGUCGGUUGAAGAGCCGUAUGAGUCGUCGCGUCCGAGUCACCCGUAUUAUCACUUCGAACCUCAACCGAAUUACAUGGAAGCAAAUGGGUUUACUUUACUCCAGCAAUAUGUGUCUAACGUUAGCCAUACAGAGCAGCAAGAAGAACCAAGUUAUCAAACAAGGGUUCGAACAAACCUCAGGAAAAGAGAAAGGAAUUUAAACAUCAACAAAGCAUUCGACGAUCUGCGCGAUAGAAUUCCAAAUCUUCCAUCUGAUACGAAAAUAUCGAAGAUCAAAGUUUUGAGACUGGCUUCAGAUUACAUAAGACAUCUUAGUAAAGUUUUGGUGAAGAAAACCCCGUCACAGAAGGAAUAUGAAACUGAUAAUCAUGAUCAAUUUAACGAGGAAAUUUCAACGAAACGUAAAUGUGACUUCGAGAUAGAUCCUGACGUCAUUGCAGUCAAGAGAAGAAAAACUGACUGGAGUAGAAUUAACGAUGAAAUUGCACGCCACCAAUCUGUCAAUCAAAUCAAGACCAACGACGAAAAUGAACAUUUAGCCCCCUACUUCCACCAAGCGGAUCAAAAUAACCUAACUACACCACCGCUAGCUGGAGAGCUUGAUACAUUCUUUCCUUCAACAGAAUAUUUCACAAAUUUUGAACAUCGCAACGAAAGUUAUUAAGAGUGUUUUAAAACAAAAAUAAACUUUUUUGUUUUAAGUUUAAAUUUUCAAGUUUUCACCAUUGCCGUGUACCCGCUAUAGCAUUACUAGCGCCGCAUAUACUGUCAGUACCUUGUGUUUCUUCAAUUAAACUUGCGCGGAACAUAUGUUUACAUUGUCAGCCGAAUGUUUUCCUGUAUUUUGUUUUAACCCUUGUCAAAUACAUUUUUUACACUUACAAGGCUUUUUUAUAUUAAAAAACGCAAGAAGGGAAGAAGUGUCUUAAUCGAAAACACAACGCAAUAAACUUGAU